GCAUUUCUCGUAUCUUCUCUAAACAAUUAUUUUAGUGUAAAUAAUAUUUUUAAUGUAAUGGAAAAUAUGCCAUCUUAAGACAUCUCUGGAGCAGCUUCCAAUCAUCAUGGCUGCAAAGGGUCAGUAUAAAAGUAUAGUGGUAUAGUAUAGAAGUAUAAAAUAGACAGGGUCACGUGACUCCACGUGUAGUAGGGAAAGUAAUUGAAAAAUUAGAUCAAGGUUCUUAAUGUUGAUUUCGGUUAAUUUUAGAUUAAUCACCCAGCCCCAGGCUUAGUCCCUUUAUUUCAUCAGGGGUCGCCACAGCGGAAUGAACCGCCAAUUUAUCCAGCAUAUGUUUUACGCAGAGGAUGCCCUUCCAGCAGCAACUCAGUAAUAGGAAACACCCGUACACACUCAUUCAUUCAUUAUUAUUGUUGUUGUUGUCAACCGAAAUUUUCAAACAUAUUAGCCACAAUAAAUAUGGCUAAAACGUCCUGGAUAGGAGUUCUUUUGUUUCUGCACCAUCCCACAAUGCAUUUCACUUCCUGGAUACCGCUGACGCUGUAACCAAGCAUGGCGGUGAACUGUUGUCUUGUUAUUCUGAUAUAUUUGCGAACCUCGCUCUGCACCGAAGGCACGAACACAACAGAAAACACUAAUAUAACACUCGGAGACUCAAACCACACGUCAAAUUAUCGAGAUGAAAUCCUUAACAUCACGGAGCUGGGAGUCGGUCCUAACGUUACUGCAGCAGAUUUACCCGCUUCAACUGACAGGACUCCCGAAUACGUGACCGGAUUACCGGAUCUGAUCAAGUCCACGGAGAGCCCGAUCCCUGAUUCCCCGCCAGCCACCGCAGCGCCAGUGCCUCUUCCCGUGUCCGGUGUCCCGCCGGUCCCCGUUACCGACGAUGAAGACCUGUUGUUUGCCACACCAGAAGUUCCCACUGACCAGAAUGUUGACUCUGUUUUUGGCCGUUUUACGAAAUACUUCUUUGGCCGUUCGAAUGUGAGCAGUGCACCUGAUGUGAGAAGUUCACCAGGAUACGGGUAUGGAGACGUCAUUCAGACAGUGAAUAAGGAAGGGCAGUUGGAGUUUUUCACCUUUCCUGCCUCUGCAGGCACCGCUCACUGCUUAGACUCAAACCCUGCAGGUUUUCUGAAGGAGCAGACAAGCAGAUGUAUGAGGAGCUUUGAUUUGGCACGUGAUUGUACAACUCUAGGAACUCUGGGCUUGGGAAAUUACCUUAAUUUCAGCAUUCGUUCUGGAAAGAUCCAGGAAGCUAAAGUCAUUGCUGUGGAAGUUGCAGCCAUUACCCUUCAGUCUUUGGAGGGCACACAGAUGCCAGUGGACCCGGCUGACAGUGGCAGCUAUUUCCCCGUGCUCCUGCAGUCUGGUGACGUCUGCAAUAAUGUUGUACAGCAGGUUAAAUACACGUUUGUGUACAAUAAAGCAGGGGAAAUCCUAAAUGUGAUGGCAGCAUUUUUGCUGGGAGCUGUUAAAAAUGUCAUGGUGCCCAUUCAGCAAGAGUUCCAGAUUAUGUUUUUACAGGUGAAUUCUCAGACAACAGGGUUGAAAUACAGUGGCAAUCCUGGCUAUGUAUUGGGGCGUCCUCUUGUGGCCGGAACAAGAACGGCAAAUGGGAUAGUUCAGUUUGUAGACCCAAAAGGAUCCCUCACUACCCUCCAAACAUCUGUGGAUCAGGAUUGCCUGCGUGGCUCGUCCAGACGCUCGCCUGUCUUGUUUGGGAUUGACACAGUAUCAGGCUGCACCUUGAAGCUUUCCGAUGGAGUUAAUUGUUCUCUAGUAUCAGAAGUCAUUUUAUGGGCAGUAAAAGGUCAGAGUUUCCCCGAUCAUGUGGCUUCCUUUGGGAAUUCCUUGCCUCAAAAUCCUUUGGACUGGGUGCCAAUCCAAAACCAAACCAUAUCAUCGGGGGCUCAAGCUUGCAGCAUACCACUGUCUUAUCAUCUCGAAGUAAAAUGGACCAAGUAUGGAGCCCUGCUGAACCCCCAAGCUCAGAUCGUGAGCAUCAUGGAAACAAUCAUUACAAACACCAGUAGUUUGGCCUUCAUUACAAGUGCUGGUGGUCUUCUGUCUGUCACAAGCUCAGUGAGUUUCGUUGAUGUGUCUGCCUCUGCAACCCCAGGAUUCAAAGUUCCUCCUACAAUCGAUGCUAAACUACCAUUUGACUUUUUCUUUCCAUUUGUAUAACGGAGCUUGUCUUUUGGCAACACUAUGAAUGGAGGACCACUGGUUUUGUGUUUCUCUGUCCAUCCUCCGGUCAUUUUUGUGGUUAAUUAUGCCUAAUUUGCAGGUGUAUAUAGCGUUUAUUUAUUGUCUACUGUAUAUAAUGCACUGAUUCUCAAUUUUAC